CAUGUCUAACGAAUUUGGUGGAAAUGCCCUAAGAAAAUUUAAGUUGGUUUUUCUCGGUGAGCAAAGUGGUAUACAAACCUUUUAACUGGUAAAACUUCACUCAUAUCGCGCUACAUGUACGACACUUUUGAUGAAGCUUAUCAGGCCACCAUUGGAAUCGACUUUUUAUCGAAAACAAUGUAUUUUAAUGACAAAACGUUACGCUUACAGCUUUGGGAUACGGCGGGUCAAGAGAGAUUUCGAAGUCUUAUUCCUAGCUAUAUUCGAGACUCUUCCGUGGCUGUUAUAGUUUAUGACAUAACAAACCGGAAUUCAUUUGAACAAACCACAAAGUGGAUUGAAGAUGUUAGACAGGAAAGAAGCAAUGAUGCAAUCAUCAUGCUCGUCGGUAAUAAAACGGAUCUGGCAGGAAAACGGGUCAUCGGGGUAGAUGAAGGAGAAAAGAAGGCAGCAAGCGCCAAUGUGAUGUUUAUUGAAACGAGUGCUAAAACUGGGCAGAAUGUAAGGGAGCUGUUCCGCCAAGUGGCAAGUGCUCUUCCCGGCAUUAACGGAUCCACAGAAAGAGAAAGUCUUGCGGAAAACUUGAUUGACGUAAGUUUGAAGGACCCCACUGGAGGCGCAUACAAAAAAGGAUGUUUCUGUUAGGAAUUGAAAAUCUCCUUAUAGAUAUUCACAGACUAUCA